AGUACUUAUCAGAAGGAAUUAAAAGUAAAUACGGUAGCAGAUUAGGGUCAGUGCUAAGUGGGAUGGCGCGAUCGGUGCUGUGUGUAAUACUUUUGGCCGUGGCUUUUGCCCAGGCUAAACAUGAAAAAUAUGAAGGUCAUCAGUUGUACCGUGUUGCGGGACCGAGGCAUGAAAUCGGUGCACUAGAAGCUCACCUGGACAUCAUAUCCGCGACACCCGCCGUUCGCUCCGCCUCCGGCAACCUGGAAGCUUUAGUCAGACUGGCGCCGGAGGAAAAACAGAAAUGGCUGCAAUAUUUCGAUACCAAACAAAUGACUUACACUAAAGUUAUUGAUAAUCUGGCCGAUAUUCUUCGCGACGAAGAAGCGAUAAUCAAACAAAGGAAAUAUGCUGCAAAACGAAGUGGCAAAUCGAUCAGUUGGGACUCAUAUUACAACUCGGAAGAGAUUAACGACUACAUCGACCAAUUAGGCGAGGAGUUUCCUGACAAAGUGACGGUUGUAAACGCGGCUCUUAGUUACGAAGGUCGUCAGAUUAAAUACGUGAGGAUCUCGACGUCUCGAUUCGAGGAUCUGAGGAAGCCUGUGAUCAUCAUUGACGCUGGUGUGCACGCCCGCGAGUGGGUGACAGCGCCUGUAGCUUUGUACAUCAUUCAUCAACUAGUCGUUGAUGUGGUUGACAACAACUUGACAGAGAGGCUCGACUGGGUGAUCAUACCAAUGGCAAACCCUGACGGAUAUGAAUACUCUAUUACCACGGAUCGUAUGUGGCGUAAAACUCGUUCUAAAGCGCACGAAGGCAGCGAUGAAUGUCCCGGUGUGGACGGUAACCGCAACUUCGACCAUUACUUCGGCACCAGCGCUGCCAGCGCCGACCCUUGCGCCAUCAUCUACGAGGGACCAGCACCGUUCUCCGAACCCGAAAUCCGCGUCAUCAGAGAUGUGGUCUUACAGAAUCUAGACCGCGCAGUUAUGUACAUUUCCCUACACAGCUUUGGAAACAUGUUCUUGUACGCUUGGGGUAACAAUGGAACCCUGCCAUCAAAUGGUUUGAGUCUCCACGUGGCUGGUGUCCGUAUGGCAACUGCUAUCGACGAGAUGGCACUCGACAAAGCUGACCGGUACGUGGUCGGUAAUGCUGCUAACGUCUUAUACUACACCACUGGAACAUCAAGAGACUGGACUCGUGCUGUCGGAAUCCCACUUACUUACACUUUAGAGCUCCCCGGCUAUGAAUACGGCUUCCUUGUCCCACCGACAUACGUCGAACAAAUUGUUACCGAAACAUGGGACGGAAUCAGCGCAGGCGCACACUAUGUACUAUCUCUACAGUGAUUUUGUUGAUUUGUAGAAUUUAUUUAAAAUAAAUUUUUCAAUCAUC